CGCCGGGCCAUUGAUUCUCGACCGAAGGUGGAGGACUACGUGUUGGGACCCGCACAGCGGAAGCCUUCCGAGUGGGCAGCGGCCAGAGGAGUUAGCACGGUUUUGAAGGCGCUUGGGCUGCUCCCAGCAUCUGGAGGUUGUCCUGUACACGUGGAAUGAUUGAAUUGUGGGCUCUGUUCUCCUAGGCAGUGGCACAGUGGCUUCCUGCAGUGACCAGGGCUGCUUUGUGCCCUUGCGCCCACAGUAGUACCACCUAUCUGUCUGCCGGCGGAAGGGAAGUCUUUCCGAGGAAACGAAAGCGAAAUUGAGUGGGAGCCAUCUUGCGGGAGGCUGGGCGGCCAGAGCGAUGUCUCGGGGGCGCAGGGGACCCGCAGGAGUGUUCCUGCACCAAACACAGCCCAGCCUGGACCACAGCUAUGAGCACAGCAAGCCAAGACAGCCGCAGCCUUACGGGCCAGGAUCUUACCCUAAUAAUUUCCAGCUGCAGCAAAUAGACUUUCUCAAGGGGCUGCUCCCAGAAGCACCCCUGAUUGGAAAGCAGAGCCAGUCCCUGCCACCAUUCUUCCCAGAAUUCUGCCCAAGGUUCUCGGGACCACCUGCCCAAGGCAGGCAACUGGAACUCUGGGGUAUCCCCAGGAGCGUGCCUCUCAGAAGUCAGGGGCUCCAGAUAGGGCUCCCGCUUCUUCCCCCACAUGGCAAGGGACUGCCAUGGAGAGGUGCUGACAGGCUUUGCUCACACUUCAGGGAACUGAGCAUCAGUCAGAACCAGGAGCAAAAGAUCCUUGGCCUCCUGGUGGCACUGGGUGAGGGGAAGGCCACCACAGCCCAGGUACUGGCCACAGAGCUCAGGGUCCCAAAGAAGGACAUCAAUCGUGUUUUGUACUCCCUAGAAAAGAAGGGAAAGCUGCGUAAAGGGUCAGGAACACCCCCUUUGUGGAGCCUCUCACCCUUAGGUCAGGCCUUACCUGAGCCACCCAGAGUUGAGAGUGUAGACAGCUGUAGUCAGGAAAUCCCACACGCAGAGCCUGGUCUGGAAAGUGAAAGCAGAGACCCCACAUCUGACUUAGAAGAGCCCCCUGAGCCUCUGGACAUGGCUGAGAUCAAAGAGAAAAUCUGUGACUACCUGUUCAAUGUGUCUAACUCCUCUGCCCUGAACCUUGCUAAGAACAUUGGCCUCUCCAAGGCCCGUGAUGUCCAUGCAGUGCUGAUUGACUUGGAACGGCAGGGGGAUGUCUGCAGGCAAGGGGCAACCCCUCCCAUCUGGUACCUAACAGACAAGAAGCGAGAGAGGCUGCAGAUCAAGAGAAGUACCCUCAGCGGCCCUGCAGCCACUCUGGCAGCCAUCCCUGAGGCCACAAGAAGCGUCUCAUUUCCCACCUGCCACUCACCCCUGUCAGGUGCCUCAAGCAGCAUUGCAGCCCCCCCAAAAGUGGAGAAUGGGCAGGAACCUGUGGUAAAGUUAGAAAAUAGACAAGAGACCAGGCCAGGACCAAUGAGACUGCGGCCACAUGUUUAUCACAGUGGCCCUUCCAGAGCAGGGUAUGUUGACUUUGAAAAUGGCCAGUGGGCCACAGAUGACAUCCCAGAUAGCUUGAACAGUAUCCACACAGCACCAGGUGAGUUUCGAGCCAUCAUGGAGAUGCCCUCCUUCUACAGCCCUGGCUUGCCACGGUGCUCACCCUACAAGAAACUGACCGAGUGCCAGCUGAAGAACCCCGUCAGCGGGCUGUUAGAGUAUGCUCAGUUCACUAGUCAGACCUGUGAGUUCAAGCUGGUAGAGCAGAGUGGACCGCCCCAUGAACCUCGAUUUAAAUUCCAGGUUGUCAUCAGUGGCCGAGAGUUUCCCGCAGCUGAAGCAGGCAGCAAGAAAGUGGCCAAGCAGGACGCAGCGGUGAGAGCUAUGACAAUCCUGCUCCGGGAAGCCAAAGCCAAGGACAGCGGGAAUCCAGAAGAGUUAUCCUUGUGUCCCAUGGAUGAAGACCCAGAGAAGCCAGCAGAGGUCCAGCCCCUCACCUCCUCAUCAACAUCCCUAUUUUCUGGGAAGAGCCCUGUUACCACGUUGCUUGAGUGUAUGCACAAACUAGGGAACUCCUGUGAAUUCCGUCUCCUAUCCAAGGAAGGCCCUGCCCAUGACCCCAAGUUCCAGUACUGUGUAGCAGUGGGAGCCCAGACCUUCCCCACUGUGAGUGCCCCCAGUAAGAAAGUGGCAAAGCAGAUGGCCGCAGAGGAAGCCAUGAAGGCCUUGCAUGAAGAGGCAGCCAACUCAACUGACAACCAGUCUGAAGGUGUGAACUCAGAAUCACUUGAUAACUUGGAGUCUGUGGUGCCUAACAAGAUCAGGAGGAUUGGCGAGCUCGUCAGGUACCUGAACACCAACCCCGUGGGCGGCCUGUUAGAGUAUGCCCGCUCCCAUGGCUUUGCUGCUGAGUUCAAGUUGAUUGACCAGUCUGGACCUCCUCAUGAGCCCAAGUUCGUUUACCAAGCAAAAGUUGGGGGCCGCUGGUUUCCAGCCGUGUGUGCACACAGCAAGAAGCAAGGCAAGCAGGACGCAGCCGAUGCGGCCCUCCGUGUCCUGAUUGGGGAGAGCGAGAAGGCAGAGCACUUGGGUUUCUCAGAGCUUCCUCUCACCGGCAGCACCUUCCACGACCAGAUGGCUAUGCUGAGCCACCGGUGCUUCAAUGCUCUCACCAACAGUUUCCAGCCCUCCCUCCUCGGCCGCAAGAUCCUGGCUGCCAUCAUCAUGAAGAAAAAUUCUGAGGACAUGGGUGUCGUCGUAAGCUUGGGGACAGGGAAUCGCUGUGUAAAAGGAGAUUCUCUCAGCCUGAAGGGAGAAACUGUCAAUGACUGCCAUGCAGAAAUCAUCUCCCGGAGGGGCUUCAUCAGGUUUCUCUACAGUGAGUUAAUGAAGUACAACCAGCACACUGCCAAGAACAGCAUAUUUGAGCUUGCUAGGGGAGGAGAAAAGCUCCAGAUAAAGAAGACCGUUUCGUUUCAUCUCUAUAUCAGCACGGCACCGUGUGGAGAUGGAGCCCUAUUUGACAAAUCCUGCAGUGACCGUGCUGUGGAGAGCACAGACUCCCGCCACUACCCCGUCUUCGAGAACCCCAAGCAAGGCAAGCUCCGCACCAAGGUGGAGAAUGGGGAAGGCACAAUCCCUGUGGAGUCCAGUGACAUUGUGCCCACUUGGGAUGGCAUCCGGCUUGGGGAGAGACUCCGUACCAUGUCCUGUAGUGACAAAAUUCUACGAUGGAAUGUGCUGGGCCUGCAAGGGGCACUGUUGACCCACUUCCUACAGCCCGUGUACUUGAAAUCUGUCACACUAGGUUACCUUUUCAGCCAGGGGCAUCUGACCCGUGCUAUUUGCUGCCGUGUGACAAGAGAUGGGACUGCAUUUGAGGAUGGACUACGAUAUCCCUUUAUUGUCAACCACCCCAAGGUUGGCCGAGUCAGUGUGUAUGAUUCCAAAAGGCAAUCCGGAAAGACUAAGGAGACAAGUGUCAACUGGUGCUUGGCUGAUGGCUACGACCUAGAGAUCCUGGAUGGCACCAGAGGCACUGUGGAUGGACCAGGAAAUGAAUUGUCCCGGGUGUCCAAAAAGAACAUUUUCCUUCAAUUUAAGAAGCUCUGCUCCUUCCGUUCCCGCAGAGAUUUACUGAAACUCUCCUAUGGUGAGGCAAAGAAAGCCGCCCGUGACUACGAGAUAGCCAAGAACUACUUCAAGAAAAGCCUGAAGGACAUGGGCUAUGGGAACUGGAUCAGCAAACCCCAAGAGGAGAAGAACUUCUAUCUCUGCCCAGUGCCCAAUGACUGAUGAUGUGUUUCCCAUGGUGUCAGAGGGUCAUCGCAUUCCUCAUCACAUUGGGCCAGAGUUUGGGGGCUUUUUUUUUAAACCCUUUUUUUUUAAUGGAGGAACCAUAACUGAUGGUACCAGGAACCUAACCUACUUGCUUUGGGACUUCGAAGUGGGGGUCUGGCUACGGCCCCCUCCUUUUUUCUCAAGUGAGGAGGCAGAGACUGAAGGAAGAGAAAGGGUUUGUUCCACCUCUAGCACCUGCAGCCCAUUUCCCUCAGGUGUAGUUUGUUUGUUUGUUUGUUUGUUUGUUUGUUUUAGUCCCCUUUUCCGUUGCUACACUGACCUCUCGUGGGCUUGAUUAGGUUCCAGUUGGUUCUCUCUAAAUCAUGUCAGGGACUGAUGAUUUCACUUGUGGAUCUGCAGGCCCCUCAACCUCCCCUCCCCUUUUGGGAUUCCUUCCUGUGGUCAUUUUCUGCUUCCCCGUCCCAGGGAGACCUCUUCAAGGUGAACUUAAAAGAACUUGGUGAAAUGUUUACAAAGGCAGGAGACAAAACUGCAGUCAGGUGGUUGCAGCAUAGCGGGAAUGUGGUUAAAUGUGAUUGGGACAGGCAAGUCCUUGGACCGUGCUGAUCAGCCAGGGGAACUACUUUCGGGACUGCCUUCCUUCCUGGGCAGCAGAGAUGUUGAGAACCAGCCACGGGGCUGGGGAAGGGACCCAGGCAAGUACAGCCCCCCUCCCCACAAAGGAGCCCACAAACCACUAACCAGAGAGAACUGACAUUCCUUGGAAUGUGGCUCCCGUCUCCUUCUAUAAAGCAUUCCAAAAAGCAGGCUCUGUCCUUGUGGGGGAUGGAGCCACAGACCCCCGCCAUGUGGUAGGGAAAGCCCAGGACAAGUCCUGGAGAGUGAAUCAUUUCUGCCUAGACUGAGCAAGAGUAAAUGCAAACCAUGUUGGUGCAGUCACUGGUCCAUGUGGGAUGCUUCUCAUGGCACUGAAACCAGCAGAUGUUGACUAAGCCUUGUAUGAGUUGGUGUUUUUAAAGGAUGCCAGAGCUGUUGAUUUGUAACUGCAUUGCAGACAAGAGUCAGGUGUGUUUUUGCAUUCGUGCACAUGCUUUCAUCUUGCCAGAUGGCCUCAAAAGCUGCUUCAUGAGUAGGACACAGGCCAGGGAUCUCCCGCCCUGCCCCUUUGGGAGUCCUGAGGACAGUCUGGCCUCCCACUCUGGGGUAGACUCCUUGGCUAUCCCUCUCCCUAACAUCUACUUGCAUGUAUGUGGAGUCCAGCUCUAGCACCAAGUCAACCAGAAAACUGGACCCUGCCCUGUUCCUCUCCUCCAGGACUGAGCACACCUUCUUCCUCUGGAUGAUGUGUCCACCUGGGAACAGCUGUACCAGAACCUCAGAUGGUUUUCUGUUCUCCCCUCCACCCCUCAAGUUGCUACCUGGCUCCCCACCCUCUGGCCCACCUCUUCAACAGUAGCCAUACCACAUUUGCACUUUGAUUCUAAUGGCUACUAUCUCCUCUACCUAUGAUCAGAACCCGGCCAACACAAGAGCCUGUUUUUUAAAUACUCUAAGGAUGUCUUUGCACACCACCAAAGCAUCCCAUGGAACCAGUAGGGAAGUUGCCAGUGUGAGGGGUGACAAGGGUCUGCCUUUAGGUUAUGAGAGAACUGCUGUACUUGGCACAUCAGCUAGAGGCAUGUUAAGUUAAUCCUGACACCUGCAUUUGGGGCAGAGCAGUCUGGCUUUCAGCCUGGGGUCUGGAUAAGCCCUCCCUCCCCCAAGUAAAGAGGGAGAGACUGACAGAAAAGGCUUGACUCCCCUGGGGUCUAAAGGCUGAAGAGUUUCACCCACUGAUUGCUCAGGAAGUUUCCCCUCUGGUCUGCCAUUUGGCAGCACUGACUCAGCAGCCUCUUUAGCCCUUUAGCACACACCAGGGCACUCAGAGGACCAAAGCUCCCCUUAUCCGGGUUUCUGCUGAGAGGAGUGAGGCAUCCCUGCACCCUGCUGGCUUGCCGAAGUAAGCUGCUGGCCCGUCCCACUGCCCCAAUACUCCUCGGAGCCCACUGGACAGAGGGGCAGUGCUUCCCACCCAGUGUUCUCAUUUUGUGUGGUCUUUGUUUUGAAGACGCAGGGCCCCUCUGCACUGUUUUUAAUGAUUUCUGUAGUUGAUUUGUCUGAACUGUGGCUGUCGUGCAUUCUUUGAGUAAUCACUUGUAAAAACUGUCAAUGCUUGAAGCUAUUUCCUGUAUUCAAGUGAAAGGAUGUUGUUAGCUUUGGGGUCUUGGCAGUAAUUCCAAGAGCCAAAUGGGAAGAGCCCAGGCACAGCCUUGGUGCUUGAUGGCUGCAGUCCAGUUUUAUGAUUCUGCUUCUUGUGUCCCUUUCAAGUAACAGUAUACAUUUCUCAGAAAUAAAACAGCGAAAACCCAGGAUUGUUAG